AUGGAAAUCAAGGAACAAAACCAAAAGAGAAGUGAUGAAAACUGCAUCAAAGCACCAGCCCCAGAUGCCGGAACACCCGGACCCUGUGAAAUGGUAGUAGAAAAUCCAGGCCAUGAUCCCAAAGCUCGAGAAGAACUGCACAAUCUGGCAAUCUGUGACGAACUUUUUCCACUUGGGACGCUUCCCUAUUGCACACAGAAAGUAGUAGAAGUACAUUAUGACAUGCACCGAAGAGUUUAUGACAAGCACUCCCGGAAACAAAGAUUGCGAAGUGUGCAAAGAUAUAUAACACAUGACCACAACCGUUGCAUGGUGGUACACGUGGAGGAACGUCAGCCUUCUGAUGGAGUUGCUCAAGAUGAUCAAGAGGGUGUCCAUGAAUUCAAAAAUCUUCGACAGGUAGAAAAUAUUGGACCAGAAGAAGAGGGGCCCUUUUGGUUGGGUGUUUUUUGGGUAACAAACGAUGUACUCCACAUUAGGUGCGUGCAAAAUAAUGGAGAGGGUGCAACCGAUGGCCAUGGUGAAGGAAAGAGUGAGGAGGAUAAUGUUAUGAAUGGCUGUGAGGAAUUUGAGGAUUCGAGGGCCAAGAGAAGGAACGGUGAUGAUAUGUGA